GCAGCAGGAGGAACCAUUAACCGUUUUUCAUGCUCUGCUCUGUUUCAUCUUUUCUCUCUACUCGCUUUACAUAUUCAUUACAUAAACUUCAUCAGAGAUUUGUCUCGAAUGGAUUGGGUUCGAGGAGAAACCAUCGGAUACGGAACCUUUUCUACAGUUAGUCUAGCGACGCCGACCAACAACCUCUCCGGCGCAUUUCCUCAAGUUAUGGCCGUUAAAUCUGCAGACUCGCAUGGCGCUGCUUCCCUCGCUAACGAGAAAUGGGUUCUCGAUACACUCGGAAACGACUGCGACGAGAUCGUACGGUGUCUCGGUGAGGAUCGGACGGUGGAGAACGGCGGAGAGAUGCACAACUUGUUUUUGGAAUACGCUUCGAGAGGAAGCUUGGCGAGCCAUCUCAAGAAAUUAAAAGGUGAGGGUCUACCGGAGUCCACCGUGCGUCGCCACACGGGAUCGGUGCUUCGUGGUUUAAGACACAUCCACGCGAAAGGAUUCGCUCACUGCGAUUUAAAACUCGGGAAUAUUCUGUUGUUCGGUGACGGCGCCGUUAAGAUUGCGGAUUUCGGAUUGGCGAAGAGGGCGGGGGAAGUAACGGCGUCAACGGGGGAAGGGGUGCAGAUUAGAGGUACGCCGUUGUAUAUGGCGCCGGAAUCAGUUAACGAUAACGAGUACGGAUCAGAAGCUGACGUGUGGGCUUUGGGAUGCGCGGUUGUUGAGAUGUUUAGUGGCGAAACGGCGUGGAGUUUUAAAGAAGGAUCGCACUUCAUGUCGUUGUUGAUACGCAUCGGUGUCGGAGACGAGGUUCCGAUGAUUCCCGAGGGCUUGUCGGAACACGGAAAAGAUUUUCUGUCCAAAUGUUUCGUUAAAGAUCCGAAGAGGAGAUGGACGGCUGAGAUGCUUGUAAACCAUCCAUUCGUAGCCGUCGAUCUUGAUCACGACGAUUUUGAAGAAGAAGAAGAAGUCGUUGUUCAAUUGAAAACAGAUGACCUGUUCGGAUCGCCGAGAUGCCCAUUUGAAUUUUGCGAUUGGGUUUCUGCUUCCUCCGAUUCUAGGCAAUAUCAUCCGUUAGGUUCGACGGAGGAGAGAGUUGCAACUCUGGCGACUGAUUUGACCCCUGAUUGGACUGUCACCAAUAACUGGGUCGUCGUACGGUGACUGUAGUCACUAAAAAAACAGGGGAUCAUAUCUGACGAUUCUAAUUAAAUUCGUUUAUAUAAAUCUUUGUUAAUAGAAAGAAAUUGUAGCAGAUGUAGAUACCAAUUCUUGUAUUCUUGAUGCCUACAGUAAUGGAAAUACCAAUUUUGAUUUCA